UCGUGAUGGUAAAGAGACCAGAGCAUCGUCGACGUUGGCUGCUUCGGAGAGCAUCGAACCGGAAGUAGCUGAUGAUAUGGAGGUAGAGGAAGAAGAGGAACCAGAAGGGAGAAGAUCACGCAGAGGAGCUGUUGUUGGUGAGGAUGAAGAGGAUGUUGGCGAGGCCGAUGAGGAUUACGAGGAUGAAACGAAGAGUUCCAUGGGACUGGCAACUACUGCAGAAGCAACACCAACACCCAGCCGAGAGAGCACAAUCGCGCUCGAGGAAACAAGAAGCACCACAAGCGGCAGCAAUCGUCGAUCGAAACGUCGAGGUGGCAAAGCACCACGACGAUCAGCACCACCCAAAAAGAAACGUCGUGAUGAUGAGGAGGUGACGGACGAGGCCGAAGAUGAUGAUUUUGUGCCGGAAUCGACGAAGAGAACCCGUAAAAGGUUGAGGUCAAAACGACGUGAGAAGGAGGUCGAGUCAACGAAAGAUAUUCCGAUUGAGUAUGUUGAGAAACGACGAUCUGGUCGAACGUUGGGCGCCUCGAAGAAAAAUUACGAUCUUCAAGCGAAAUGGGAUGAAAUGGAAGAGGAACUAAUGGAAGAGGACGAUGGAGCGCAGUCAGGCGAAACCAAAAAGGAAGAACCGAGUGAGUUUAUAAUCGAGAAAAUAAUGAGUGUGAAAAAAGACGAUAAAGGCGAUGGACCCGACACGUAUUUUGUCAAGUAUAAGAACAAGUAA